AGAUUGAAGAGUGUCGGUUCAUGUCUAUAAAAGUAGGAAGCAGCAACAGAGCAAACCCCUCUCAAAACUGAUCAGAAGCCUCCCAAUGGCUUCCUCCAUAGUCUCGUCCGCGGCUGUUGCCUCCGUGAACCGUAUCUCUCCGGCUCAAAUUACCACGGUUGCACCAUUCACGGGGCUCAAGUCAACCUCGACCCUCCCAAUGACCCGCAAGCUCAACAAUGACAUUACCUCCAUAGCCAGCAACGGUGGAAGGGUUCAGUGCAUGCAGGUAUGGCCUCCAGUUGGAAGGAAGAAGUUUGAGACUCUCUCUUACCUACCUGCUCGCAGUCCCGAGCAAUUGGCCAAGGAAAUUGAUUACCUUAUUCGCAAUAAAUGGGUUCCUUCCUUGGAGUUCGAAUUGGAGCACCCUUUCGUUUACCGUGAGAACAACUCGUCGCCUGGGUACUACGAUGGUCGCUACUGGGUCAUGUGGAAGCUCCCUAUGUUUGGGUGCAGCGACGCUUCCCAGGUGUUGAAAGAGCUUGAUGAGUGCAAGAAAGCUUACCCCGCCGCAUUCAUCCGUAUCAUCGGAUUUGACAACACCCGCCAGGUGCAGUGCGUCAGUUUCAUUGCCUACAAGCCUCCCGGCUACUAAGCCUUUUUCACUUUCUCUUUUCCUUAUGGUUUCCGCGCGCUAGCUUGUUUUAUCCUUCAUUUCAGAAACUCGAUUUCUUUUCUCUUUCUCAUUUUCUGAAUUCUGUUUUUUUGCCGGAUCUCCAACUGAGCAAAGAUGUAUGAGUGUAUAAUGUAUGUGAAACGUGGAAACAUUCUUGAUGUUUUUGUUGGUAUCAAUACAAAGAUGCAGUUUUUCAUC